AUGUUCCUUGCCAACUGUUUCAAAUCAGAAUUUAUCAUAAAGGUAUACAGGUGGGAUGACCACUCCAGUCUAGUUCUUCUGAGCCUGAAUGAGCAGAGGCACCGAGGCCUCUUCUGUGACAUUGUCCUUGUGGUGGAUGAACAGAGAGUCCCUGCCCAUCAGAACCUCCUUGCUGUUUGCAGUGACUAUUUCAACUCCAUGUUCACCAUUGGUAUGCAAGAAGCCCACCAAAAAGAGGUUGAACUUUUUGGAUCCUCUUACCCUGGUCUCGAGGUUGUCAUGGAUUUCCUUUAUGGCAGUGAGCUGUCUUUAAAUGGAGGCAAUAUCGACUAUGUGCUCAAAACAGCUCACCUGCUGCAGAUCUGGAAGGUGGUUGAUUUCUGUUGUGAGUAUCUGGAGAAUGAAGUAAGUGAGGAGAACUAUUUGUACCUGCAAGAGCUGGCCUCUAUUUACAACCUGAAGAGCCUUGACCCCUACAUUGAUUCUUUCAUCUUGCAGAACUUCGGCACGCUGACUUUCACCCCGGACUUCCUGCAGAACAUUUCCUUGCAGAAGUUGUGCCAGUACCUGAACAGCAGCAACGUGCAGCAGGAGUGUGAGCAUGACUUGCUGCAGGCUGCCUUGCAGUGGCUUACCCAGUACCCAGAAAGGGAGAACGAGGCUUACCAGGUUCUGGAUAACAUUCAUUUUCCCUUGACACCUAAAAGUGAUCUUCUCCAUUGAGUCAAGACUGCUGUCUGCUCUCUUCUUCCCAAAGAAACAAACUGUGAGGGGUUUAUAGAGGAGGCAGUGCACUAUCACAACAACAUCACAGCUCAUCUAGUGCUGCAGAACAAGUGGACAGACCUGCGGACUUGCGAAGAGAGGCUACUCUUUGGGGGUGGGGAGGUUUCCGAGUGAUGCCUGCAACUGAGAGAUGAUACCUGCUUCCUGGACACCAGAAAGGGGCAGUGGGUAGCAGAGACCCCUCUCCCAGCCAGGCGAAGUCACCACUGUGCUGCAGUCUUGGGAGGCUUCAUCUUCAUAGCUGGAGGCAGCUUUUCAAGAGACGACGGAGGGGAUGCAGCUUCAAAUCUCUUAUAUAGGUAUGAUUCCCGCUGUAACCAGUGGAUAAAGGUUGCCUCCAUGAGACAGCGCCAUGUAGAUUUCUACCUAGGAGCUGUUACCGACAUGCUGGUAGCUGUUGGUGGCAGGAAUGAAAAUGGGGCACUUUCUUCAGUCGAGACCUACACUCCUCAGAAGGAUUCAUGGUCAUACAUAGCAGGCUUGCCCAGAUUUACCUACGGCCAUGCUGGAACAGUCUACAAGGAAUUUGCGUACAUUUCAGGAGCCCAUGAUUACCAAAUUGAUCCCUAUAGAAAAAAUCUGCUGUGUUAUGACUACUGCACAGAUGCUUGGGAAGAGAAGAGGCCAAUGAUCGUUGCCCGAGGGUGGCAGAGCAUGUGCAUCUUACAGGACAAUAUCUACUCCAUUGGUGGCAGCGAUGACAACAUAGAAACCAUGGCUCGCUUUGACAUUCUGAACGAGGAGUCCUACAGCCCUCAAUGUAACCAGUGGACCAAAGUUGCUCCUCUGCUGCAAGCAAACAGUGAGUCAGGGGUGGCAGUUCGGGAAGGAAAGAUUUACAUCCUCGGAGGCUACAGCUGGGAAGAAACAGUCUUCUCCAAAACAGUCCAGGUUUAUGAUAGGGAGAAAAAUAGGUGGUACAAAGGAACUGACUUACCCAAAGCAAUUGCUGGUGUUUCUGCAUGUGUCUGUGUGUUGAAACCCAAAACAGAGGACAAAAAGAAAAAGACAAAAACAAAAAAAAAUCAAGAUCGAGGAA